AUGGGAAAGACGGCGUCUUCAAGGUACCCCUUCCCACUGCAGUUGCGGUGGGUGCGCAUCGUUAUUGUCACCUCGGGCUUUGUGUUGCUUCUUUUCACCGUGGUCAGUUCCCUUCCGCGCCCGCGGGACCCGCUGCUUGGGAAAGCCUUUGCUGCCACGGAUGAUGUGCCGCUGCAGUUGCACGAUACGAUUUCUUCUGUCGAAUCACUGGCGGAAGUGUUGGCUCGGCUCCCUCGCGCGAGGGAAGUCUUUGAGCGUCUCUACACAGUUCGCAACGAUUCUGCGCGUUUGUCGAUCAUGCCUGAGUUCCGCGCCAGGGCAGAGAAAAUGUUUUCUGCCUACGCGGGCUCACGCGAGGAACUCCUGCGUGCCAUCGAAAAUCAGCAAGUGGUGGAGGUGCGCAAUGUGGUUACCGGCGAGACGGCCCUGUUUAACAGCAUCCGCAGAUUUCGGCCCGGCGGCGGCGGCGGCAAUGGUGGUGACGCGAAGGAACGGAUGUCGGUGUCUAAGCUUUACACAGAAGGCAGUGGAGCUGACUUGUGCGACUUCUGCGACAAGCAGCGGACAGCCCAUGAUAUAUUUGGUCGCAUAACUGGCAAGCAUGCGUACACAGCAGCAAAUGUCGCCAAACUUAGUAAGUGGCACGGUCUUAUUAUCACUAACGUGCAUAAUCCCUUGCUCUUUGAUGCGGAUGUCAUUGCAGACAUCAUUGCUGUGUCGCACCGAUGGUUCAAGAGGGCCCACCGCGAGGAUCUCCUUUACGUGUACCCGAACCUUAUUUGCGAUGUCGGCAAAAGAGCGUCUGCUUCCCAAAUCCACUUCCAUGUGCAAAUGGCCUUAACGAGAGGUCACUAUUUCGCUGGUAUUGACCAGCUUCAGCGUGCAGCGGUGCAAUACUCGGAGAGGCAUGGAACUAGUUACUGGGAUGAACUUGUUCUUGUACAUCAAAUGCUUGGCCUUGCGGUUCGCGUUGGCAACAGUACCGUGCUCUCCAGCGUGUGUCCCCGCAAAGAGCGGGAACUGUUUGUGCUAAGCAAGGACCCUGAAGAUCCCUCCUUUGCCCGCGCGGUUGCUCUUGCAUUGAUGACGCUCCGCGAUGCUGCUGGCGUACAUAGUUUUAGUUUUGCCAUUUCCUACCCGCCCCUGGAUACGUCGAAUAACUACAGCCUGGGGAAAAUACCAGCAAUUUUUCGCGUAAUUGACCGCGGUAGUGCAUUGGAUCCGCGCAGCGACACAGGGGCGUUGGAGUAUUUUGGAAGCACAUACAUUGCCGCAGACCCCUACGCCAUUAUCCCCCACUUGACUGCGGCGGUUUACCGCUCCAAUGCAAGUAUGAAAUCAAACCGCACCGCUUGA